GUGCGCUACACUCUCCAUGCACAGCAUAUGGAGAACUGUUCAUCUCAACCCACUCCCCCGGGCUCGUGUCCCGAUGUUGCUGGUGGUGCUGGACAAGCGCUACGAUGGAGAACUGGAAUGCACUUGGCCUGUGUCUUGGACGCAUCUCCAUUGUUACGCCACUUUUGCCCGGAGGCUUCAGCACAAAAGGGGGAGCCAGGUGCAUUGUUCUUGUAUUUCUGCUUCAGUCUCUGGCUAGGGCUUUCUCUGCACAAAAAGGGCAAUGGCGGCGAAGGUUAAGAAGAAGAAGACCCCAUCUAAGAAUUGCCUUUCAUUUUUCAAGGUUUACAUCCCAGCUCACAGCUCAGAAAGAUUGCACAUCCCUGAAGGUUUCAUUGCCAACUUAAAUGGAGUCUUGCCCAACAAGACCAUCCUCAGAGAUCAUCUUGGGAGACUCUGGCACGUGGAGGUGGCAAUAAUAGAAAAUGUGAUCUAUUUUCAGAAAGGAUGGCAGAGAUUUGUUAAAGAUAAUACUCUGGAGCUGGGAGAUUUCUUACUUUUUCGAUAUAAUGGUGAUUAUAUAUUUGAUUUCAAAAUUCUUGGGAAAAAUGGAUGUGAGAAGGAUGAGACUAGGGCUCAUAUGAACAUUGAAAAGAAAAUAUUAUAUCUGAAGGAGGAAGAAAAAGAAGAAAAAGUACAAAAUGAUCUGGAAGCUGGAAAAACUCUCAACAAGCAAACACUAGGGAGCAAGGGUAAAUACUCUGUUGAAGGCGAGAAAAAGAUUUGUCAGAAAAGACGUUGUUCCAGUGCUUGCAAGGUUAAACAAGACAGUUGCUUUGAAGCAGAGAGUUCCACUCAAAUUAAGUUAGGAAGGAGGAAUAAAUUAGCACAGCAUUCUGCAGUUCCAGACAUGGGCAAUGAACUUACAAACUCCACAAAGAGGGCUGAUGAGCAGAACCAACAUCAAAUAAAGGAUGCAGAUAAUGUACAGGCAGCUGACGAUAUAGGGUUGCAUUCUUCAGAUGACAGGAACCUGAGAACUGAAUCUGAUGAACUCCAGUUAUGUGGAAUGGAUGAAGACAAAAUAGAAAUACUUGACACUGGAACUUGUUCAGCAUUGAGGAGAUCUUUGACAUCCAAAGAUGGGUGCAAUGCAGUUCGUGCAGCUAGAAUGUUUAAGCCCAAAAAUCCUUUUGUGAAGGUUAUAUUGAAGCCUUCCUACAUAAACAAAGGAAAUAUGCAUGUGCCCUCCACUUUUGCUGGGAAGUAUCUCAGUGAGGUUGUAGAUUUCAUCAAACUUCAAGUUUCUGAUGGAAGACAGUGGCAUGUCCGAUGCAUUCACAAACGUGGUAUAGUUAAUAAGCUAAGCAAAGGAUGGAGUGCAUUUGUGUUAGAGAAUGGUUUGGAGGAAGGAGAUGUCUGUGUCUUCGAGCUGAUCAAGACCAAGGAAGUUGCAUUGAAAGUCGCAAUAUUUCGUGCAGUUGAGAUGAGGCAGUGAACCAAACACCAUAAUAAAAUUAGAUUUGUCACAACACAAUGAUGAAGGGUGUGAAGCUGAAGCCAUCUAAUUAAAGUUGUUCCUGGACUUCUUCAACUUUCAGGUAUUGUUGAUUCUAUUAUAACCUUCCAAUAGUUGCCUGUGUGAUAUAAACUUUAUACUUCAAUUCGCACAUCCAAAAAGUAGAUUCAAUUUCAUAUGUGGGUUUGGUUUGAUAUACAUCGUUGGUCCACAACCUAAGAACUCAAGUUUUUAGGUGAAGUAGUAAUCUAAUAUGAUAUCAGAGCUGGUUACCAUGAAGUCCUGGGUUCUUAGUCUCGUUGCCUGCAUUUAUUCUGUUACAUUUAAAAAUUAAUUGUAUUUAUCUCUCCACCUGCUAUUGAGCUGCACGUGUGGGGGAGUGUUAAAGCUUGAUAUACAUUGUUGUUCCACAUCCUAAGAGCUUAAGCUUUUAGGUGAAGUGGUAAUCUAACAUUUAGUACGACAUGAUCUGGUUGGAUUGUCAUGAGUAGCAUAGCUGUCAAAGAUUUUAUAAAUGUAGCUGCAGCCUGGACAUCCAAAUAAGAGAGAAUGAGGUUAUUCUGCUAUGUAACAAUGAAAUGAAAUUAAAGGAAAUAGAAUCAAAUUUAUCA